CUAGGCCUGCCGGAGAGGCGGGCUGGACCGCUGGGAGGACCCGGGGACGGAAGAGGGUGGCGGUAGGCCGGGCCCCGCCCCGGGGCCGCCUCCCAGCGGGUUCCUUUUGCCUCGGCUGCCUCGGAGGCUGUGGCGGCAGUGGCCGCCGGGCGCGCGUAAGAUGGCGACUGCGGCGGCGGAAGCCCUGGGCCUCCUGUGGGGCUGGCUGUGGAGCGAGAGCUUCUGGCUGCCCCAGAACGUGAGCUGGGCGGACCUGGAGGACCCGGGCGACGGCUAUGGCUACCCGCGCGCCCAGCACGUGCUGUUCGUGUUCCCGCUGGCAGCGGGCAUCUUCUCCGUGAGGAUGCUGUUCGAGCGAUUUAUUGCCAAACCCUGUGCACUCCGUGUUGGCAUUGAGGACAGUGCUCUCUAUCAGGUGGAAUCCAAUGACACACUUGAGAAGGUGUUCCUAUCUGUCACUAAGUAUCCUGAUGAGAAAAGGCUGAAGGGCCUCUCAAAGCAACUGGACUGGGAUGUUCGAAAAAUCCAAUGCUGGUUUCGACAUCGGAGAAAUCAGGACAAGCCUCCAACGCUCACUAAAUUCUGUGAAAGCAUGUGGAGAUUCACUUUUUAUUUAUUUGCCUUCUGCUGCGGAAUCAGAUUUUUCUGGUCGAUGCCUUGGUUCUGGGAUACCCGACAGUGCUGGUACAACUAUCCAUAUCAGCCACUCUCAAGAGAGCUCUACUAUUAUUAUUUCACACAACUGGCUUUCUACUGGUCUCUUAUGUUUUCUCAGUUUAUUGAUGUUAAAAGAAAGGACUUCCUGAUGAUGUUUAUCCAUCAUUUGAUCGGCAUCGUGCUCAUCACCUUCUCCUACAUCAACAACAUGCUGCGCGUGGGCACUCUCAUCUUGUGUCUGCAUGACUCCUCAGACUCCUUGCUGGAAGCUGCCAAGCUGGCCAAUUAUGCCAGACGUGAGCGGCUCUGUAACGCCCUGUUUGUGAUCUUUGCUGCAGCUUUUAUAGUCACUCGUCUAGGAGUCUUCCCAUUGUGGAUUCUGAACACAACCAUCUUUGAGAGCUGGGAGAUUAUUGGGCCCUAUCCUUCCUGGUGGCUCUUCAAUGGCCUUCUCCUGAUCCUCCAGAUGCUGCAUGUCAUCUGGUCCUACCUAAUUGUGCGAACUGCUUUCAAAGCCUUGAGCCGAGGAAAGGUGACCUACCCAGGAGGGAUUGACCCAGACUCUGUACCUUCUGCUCUUUUCUCACCUCCUUCCUCUUUUCUAUGCCUGGUGGCAGCUGGACAGUUUCAUCCUCUGCAUGUGUCUAAGGAUGAUCGCAGUGAUGUAGAGAGCAGCUCAGAGGAGGAAGAUGAGACCACCCACACAAACAACCUCUCUGGCAGCAGCUCCCGCAAUGGUGCCAACUGCAUGAACGGCCGCAUGGGAGGCAGCCACUUGGCUGAAGAGCAGAGGACUUGUAAAGCCACUGGCAACCUACAUCUUAAGACCUCCCCACAUCUACACUCCUGUGACUAGAGGGACUGCAAAGCACUGAGGAGAAUCAAAGAAACAAAUAUUUUUGUGUUUUAAAGAAACUCUGCUGCUUUGUAUUUAAUGCCCCCUGGUCCUUUCAGUAAUAUUAUUGGCUCUGUUUGUGUGGUUUUGUGUGUUUGUACAUUUGUACUGUGUAUAUGGGCGAGUUUCACUGACUAGGUUGGGACACAAUUCUGGAUUACUAGUCAUUGUCUGGUCACUUCUGAACCCACCUCAAGUCCAGCAUUGGUUGCAUUUGAAUUAAGCUGUCUCCAGACCAUCUGUGUCCUUGUCCCAUGGCUCGACUCUAAGUUCCUGGUCCACCUAAAUAAGUGGUGCCACCAGACUCAGCUCCAGGACUUGAAAACUGUUCUUUUGGAGGAGGAAGUAAUAUUUCACCUGAUGGAACACUUUGAAUAGAUACCCAGGGUCACUGUAGCCCCUAGCUACACGUCCCCCUUCCCACUACCUGAUAGUGUCAGGGACAGCUACUGACACCCUGCUGCUUGUUCAGUGGUGCACAGGAGGGGGCGAGGGUAGGAGGAUGAGCUGAGAUUUGGAGAAUGGUAGCCACUGGUUGUGCUGUUAAUGAUUUUAUAUACUAUUGUUUAUUCUGUGAUUAAAGUGUUUCAACCAAC